UCACAAACCGACGAACCGACUCGACUGAAAAACCCUUUCGGAAGCGAACUUGCGGAAAAACGGUGACUGAAAAAUGUCGAUUCUAUUGAAGAGCCAAACAUGGAGGUGGAUAGUGACCAAGACCCGCGACUCCAAGCCCUUCUUCUUCACCUUCGCCACCGUAUGCGGCGUCGUUCCGGGCAUUAUCGGCUACUUCGUUAUGCAGACCACCAACUCCGGCAACCCAGAGCUCGAGGCCGAGCUCCGCCGCAAAGCCCGACCCGACACUGUGAUGAUGGGGCAAACAAAUAAAGAACGAUUGGCAGAGUACCUAGGGGAGCUGCAGCGGAAAGAGAACACAAAUGACCGCUAUGUUGCUGCACUGAAAGGACAGACAUUGACUAGGAAUCCAUAUGUGAGAAUUCAACCAGUUCCAAAGGAAAGCAACACGGAAUCUAACAAGGAACAGAAGUAGAUCAGGACGUUCCUCCACUACCAGCAUGAAUGUUUUCUGUUUUGAAGGUAUCUGUAUAUCUCGUUAGAACAAUUAUGCAAUGGUUAUUACCGUUUCUUGUUGUUAUGCAACAUUUGGUUGGCUGUUGUUUGUUUGUUGAAUACUUUUUUUCCUUGAUGAAGUACAAAUACUUUGUUUUCAGACGUUUCAUGUUAUAGGAUAGUGGAUGUAGUUGUUCAGAUCAACUGUCUAUUAAUGGAAGUGGUGGUCUUCUGAAUUGAA